AUGUCUGGCCCCAAGAUCCCCACCGAGCAAUGGGCUCAGGUCAUUGACAAGGUCGGAGGACCUCUUCAGUACAAGAAGAUCCCGGUUGCAAAGCCUGGCCCAGAAGAAGUUCUCGUCAACAUCAAAUACUCUGGUGUGUGCCACACUGACCUCCAUGCCGUCAACGGCGACUGGCCCAUCCCCACCAAACUCCCUCUCGUUGGUGGACACGAAGGCGCUGGUAUUGUCGUAGCACGAGGUGAGCUCGUCACCGACGACAUCUGCAAAAUUGGCGAGGCUGUCGGUGUCAAAUGGUUGAACGACUCCUGCCUGUCCUGCACCUUCUGCCAACAGGCCGAUGAGCCGCUUUGCUUGACCCCCAAGCUUUCAGGCUACACCGUCGAUGGUUCUUUCCAACAAUAUUGCAUUGCCUCUGCACGACAUGUCGCACACAUUCCCGAGGGUGUCCCUCUCGAUGAGGUUUCCCCUGUUCUUUGCGCCGGUAUCACAGUUUACAAAGGAUUGAAGGAGUCAGGGGCUAAACCUGGUCAAACCGUCGCCAUUGUUGGUGCCGGUGGCGGGCUGGGCUCGCUUGCUGUCCAAUAUGCAAAGGCCAUGGGUCUUCACUCCAUUGGUAUCGAUUCUGGUGAGGAGAAGAAGGCCCUCGCCACCAAGUUGGGCGCCUCAUCCUUUAUCGAUUUCGCAACAUCCAGCGACAUUGUCAAGGAUGUCAAGGCUGCUACUAAAGAUGGCCUAGGCCCUCACGCCGUCAUUCUCGUGGCUGUCAACGAGAAGCCAUUCCAGCAAGCUGCCGAAUACGUCCGCCCAAGAGGUACCGUCAUCGUCAUCGGUCUCCCAGCCAAGGCCUAUAUCCGAGCCCCGGUCUUCGAGUCCGUCCUCAAGAUGAUCAGAAUCCAAGCCUCCUACGUCGGCAACCGACAGGACAGUGAAGAGGCUUUGGACUUCUUCGCCCGAGGAUUGAUCAAGGUGCCCUUCAAGACUGUGGACCUGAAGGAUCUACCGAAGGUGUACGAGUUGAUGCACGCUGGACAGAUCGCUGGACGAUAUGUUCUCAAGAUGCCAGACGCAGAGUAG